AUUGUAGUGAGGAUGACCGAGCUUAUAAUUGAACAACAUACUCUUCGGAAGAAUAUGCUCAACCUGGUAAGUGAAAUCAAUCAUGCUUAAAAUUACGUCGGACAACAUACACAAAUCCUGCGAUAGCUGACUGGAUGGAGUUCGAAGAGGUAGGACCGUUGAUUGACGAUGGGAGGCUCGAGUAUGCACAUGUUCUAGAGAUAGGCUUCUCUGGUCAUACGGGGCAAUGCAUGUGUUGGGGGCCUACAUGACGGUGAAACAGACGUGCUGACGGCAGACCUAUACAUACAUACUUGAAUAUGUACACAAUCAAUUUCACACGCCGCUUGAUUGACAACUUGUGGUCAAACGUCCAACUACAGCCCCAGCGCAGACAGAGAAUGUACUCAUUGACUGGAUAGGCAGGGACACGCUAGCGUUCACGAACAACGCACGCAGUACCAGUCCCCGAGUAAACGUAAAGGGUAUAGUUUGCGCUCCACCUACGCAGUGCCGAUUGGAAAUAAGUGGUAAUAGCUAAAUGAUCAGAUAAACAUGCAUGGUCAGCUCGGGACAGUUCCGAGUGAUGACUGAUCCAUUUUCAUUCAGUUCGUAAAGACGAAGCCAAGUUCGGAGUAAGCCUUACACUACGAGCUGACUGCUAGAGCUAUUCGCUACGAGUAAUGCAUACCCUAGAAGAUAUGAGUGUUGCUUGAACAUUGAGGGUAUCACCGCGGUUGAUUGCCCGGGUGCCCGAGAAUAUACUGGACGCGGGGCAAGAGGUUGAGGCAUUCCUGCCAGGCCGCAUCAUGGCGAUGUCCUCGAUGUGAAUUGAGAUGAUCUGUGGAACAAAAAUGCAACUUUGCUCAAUCUGCCUCGCUUCGCAAACACAUUGGGCGUAUGACAAUCUCCUGAGGUGGCUAAAGCGCGGUCGGGAAUGGAAACGAAAACGAGUCGCAACUAGCGUCAUAUAGAGCUCAGGGGAGAUCCGAACGUACCGAACGUAGCAUUUCUACUAAUAGAGCAACAGAUUGCGAGGCGAAGGCGUGCCAGACCAGUUUUGGUCACAUCGUGAUCACUAGUCAGUAAUGGACAAUGCGAUAUGAUGAAUACCUUCUGCUACAUAGAGGAGGUUGAGAGCCGGAGAUUGAUGCGAUACAGGGUUAACCAGGUGAAGAGAUGAGAGUUUACGAAUUAGGGGUUGGCUCGCUCUCUUCCUAUUCUGUUAAGAAUUGCGAGCUGUGGGCUGCAACCAGACCUUUGAGUCGAAAGAGAUGUUGAAAAAUUGAACGUGCAGUCAGGGUAGUACGAUGUUACGUGCUCCGGAGGAAGGAUCAGAUAGAUUCUUGUUCUUCCUCCACUCCUCCCGGGAAACCUUUUUUGGACCGUCUUCCUCCCGUCGCGUAGCCUACAAGCCGUUGAACAUACGGGUCCAUCACGUCAGGAUUGGAUGCAUCGUAACCUAGGUCGUCCGAUGACUUGGAUGAUGGAAUCGUGCGGCCCGUGAUGUU